UGGACGUGUCUGGAUUUACCUUCAGUAUUUGCACAUGGUAUCUCUUGUGUAGCCGCGGACUCUGCUCAUCAGAUUUUCCUCUCUGAGGAUCUGCCCUCCAUGAUGCUGCUGUCCUGGAGCUCUGCGAGGCAACACCUAGAGGACACGGCCUCUCAGGCGCUGGACGUUUUCACCACUGGUGAAAGGACGACCUGGAGGAAGACCGUCCUCCUCCUCCUUACCUGCGUCACGUCGAGCCUCCUGCUCGGCUCCCUGCUCCUCCUCUACCUCCUCUUCGUCGUGGAUUACGAAGCGGAAGUGGCGAGUGGCGUCGCGGGGUGCUUCGGGGUUUCACUGACUGUUGCCCUUUUCCUCUCGAACAGAGUGAGAUGUCUGGGGACUCUGUUCGUGGUGUCCGUUUUCAUGAAAAAGAGCCGGAACCUGCUGCUGACCGCCGGAACUAGCUUAGUCGUCCUGAAAAACAUCCGCAACACCCUGCGGAACCUGACCCGCCUGACGCGGAGUAUGAUCUGCAACCUGAGGGCCAAGAAGGAAUCCGUCGUUGCUCCGUUUAGCAACUACGUCAAGAUGCUGGAGUGGAUCGGAGGCGUCCUCAAAGGGGUCACCGACCUGGGCGUCGUCAACCUUGACUCAAAGCUGAAGGUCUCGCCCAGAGUAGAGUCGGAGGUGUUCAGGUUGAAGCUGCGCGAGGCCGAGCAGCGGCUGAACGAGACCGCGAGGUUCGUCCAGGGCGUCAUGGAAACGGUCUCCUCGGUGACGGACAAGGUGUUUCCCGCCGUCAGCUUCCUCGUGCUGCUCGCGUUCAUAGCUCUGCGCGUGAGGAGGUACUGCGGCGACGUGACGUACGAGAACAGCUUCAUCAGCGGGAGGUUCGUUGAGUUCGACGAGAAGCAGAAGGCCGGAGGGAAGCCGCACGUCCUGCCGCUCACCGCGGAGGAAGAGAGGCGGUACGCCGCCAUUCCGUCGGCGCGUCCCACCAGCAGCGAGGGGAAAGCCGUGCUGAGGUUCGGCGCCCCGGUUUUCUCCCACUUUGUAGCCUGGGCCCUUUUCAUAACGGUGGACGCCUUGCUGUACUGCUUUGUUGAUACUGUUACGAAAAAGUUAGCGGAGCUGAAGCCGUUCCGUGUGCCCCUGAUAAUCAGCUUCAAAGGCAUUGCGACUUUGAUAGGCAUACAGAUCGAAGAAGACGAGCGUCAAAUGGAUUUUUCCUACGAUGUGACUUUGUUUGAGAGAAAGUGUCUCCCUGAACCCGAGCUGCUGUUGCAUAACUCUGUGCUGCCACUGAGCGCCAUCCUCAUCGCCCUGAUCUUCAUGGCUCUCAUGGCUUCCAAAGUCUCCCAGCUCAGACUAAUGGUCUGCGAUCGGUUCUUUUCCGACGCCAGCAAUGCGAGGGUGGAGUUCCUGCAUCGCAAGAUCCUGAGAAAAAGAUUGCAAACAAGCAAGAGAGAAAAAAAUGAAAGCAGCAUUAUGUCAUUUAUUCUAAAGCUACAUUUCUGGUGUCCGAUGUUCUUCCGACCCAAAGAUGAGCGUCAGAGUAUGGCUUAAAGAUAUGGUUCUCUUUACCCAUAAUGCUAUCACGUUCAAUAAGUUGCAGGUUUGUUUAACAGACUGAAUGUUUGUCAUUUAAAAAAAUUGGUCCAACUUCAGGAUGGACCAUCCCGAAGAUCGUAUUUAAUGAACACAUUUGUGUGGAUGCACAAAACCUGGAGUCAACUGUCUUUGUUCCUGUUCAAGAUGAGGAAUGCUUUGAUCUGACCCAACAUAUCGACUUGAGAUCGAAAUCAAGACUUUCUAAUGACAAACCUCCAACUCUGAGACUCAUUCAGCAGGUCCAACGGUCUAUAAUUCUGUUAGCUGUGCCUCCAGAGAUCCGCGUGUCCCAUGUGAUGCCGGAUGUUUAAAAAAACUGAGAACACUACACUAAGUGCCGUACACAUUGCUUUGUUGCUCAAACAAGUCUGGCCCUCAAGAUGACACCAGUGGCUGCUCCAGCGCCUGGUUUGCAUCAAUUGACUGCUCUGUGUUGCGUUCAGGUUCCUCUGGCUAUUUGAGAGGAGCUGCACAGAGAGCAACUCAAACACUUGUUUUGUUACUGUAUCAUAUUCAAUACAAAGCACUACGUUUCUAAAGCAGGAUUUCAGCUUUUUCCUGCAAGUUUUUUUUGUUUGUUUUUUGUUGGCUUUUUUUUUUUUAUUUUAUAUACAUUGAACCACGAUGAAAAGUGUUACAAACUGUUGGAUCAACAAGUUUUAUCAAAACAGAGCACAAGCAAGCUAACGUUAGCUUCAGUACAUCACCAACAGGAGCAGGAAGUGAGAUCAUUGAAGAUCACUGAAGACUGUGUAAUAACACAUUUUACAGCAUAAUGUCUGAAGAUUGCAGUAGCUAGCUAUUCUCACCAGAUUGAACUACGUGGGCCGGCAUAUUGUUGGCAGCAUAUUUCUGUCUGGCAGAAACUACGAUUGGGACAAAAUAUGUUCAUUGCCAAGGAAAACUACACCUCCAGAGCCCAAAACGUUAUUGGUGUGUGAGUUCAGUAGAAAACAACUACAUUAUGUUGAUUUUGACAUACAGCUAGAAUAGAAUGUCUUUAUUUGACCGGGACUUAGCAUUGCUGCAAAUUGUCUUGGAUAAAUAUUUAGGGCAAAUACAUCCCGACUGAGACGUUCCAGUAUAAUCUGAUUACUUACAUGAACGCCUGCAGGUCACUGUGUCCAGCUCCCCAGGGAAAACGUUGCAUCAGGCUGAUUUAAGCAGCAUUUGGGAGGAAGCGUGAACUGGUUGACAUUGGUAGAGACAAUGGAAAUCAGCCAAUACUCCCAAGUUACUGUACUGAGUUUCCCUUAUUCUUUGCACCAAUAAUAAACCAGAAAACUGUAAACUACUAUCUUUUUGAGUAUUCUGAAACACUAAGCUGACAGAUCUGCUUGAGCUGACAUACUGACGUGACAAAAAUGUGAACAUAAUAAAUGUAACAUUCCAUUAAACUGUGAUAUUCUCAUUCUCACAGAUGACAAACCAUGAGUCAGUUCAAUUCAGCUUCACCGAAUUCUCACUUUCAUGAUGUAAGGAGACGGGUGACAUUAUUUUUAGACAAAUAUCAGACCACAUUUCACGUAUAAAUAGAUUUUUGUGUGUGUUUUUUUUUUUGUUUUUUACACAGAGAAGGCUUCAAGGAGCCUCAUUUUCAUGCUGCAGAGUGUAGAGCAGCUCCAGUUGCUUACAUAACCUAUGACAGAUAUACUCUACAUGCGCAGCAAGCAGCGCUAUGUUCUCCCUUUUCCUGCGCUGUCAUUUCCCGUACAGAUCUUCCAGGAGUUUCUUCGCCUCUCCUGGAGCUCGGCCGUCGCCUCUUCGGCUCCAAGAGGCGACGGCCAAGUAUUAAAAGGUCACUUUGUCAGUAUUUUCUGGGAGAAGAAAAUCCGGAUAUUAUGACGUUUUGUAGCACAACAUUCCAUAGGGGGAAACAGAUGGAUUGGUAUCUUGUUAGGUUGUGUUAAAAAUGUCUUGAUCACUUUGAUUAUUUUAUUUUUU